AUGGCUUCUGAUAUGGAAUAUGUCCGCCUUGGCAACUCCGGCCUCAAGAUCUCCAAGAUCCUCCUGGGUACCAUGUCGUACGGCACCAGACAAUGGCAGGACUGGGUACUGGAUGAGGAGGAAGCCCUGCCCUUGAUCGAGCACGCCUACAAGCGUGGCAUCAACACUUGGGACACGGCCGACGUCUAUUCCCACGGUCGCUCGGAGGAGAUCAUCGGCAAGGCGCUGAAGCAAUUCAACAUCCCGCGCGACCGGGUCGUCAUUUUGACCAAGUGCUUCUUCGGUGUGGACGACGAAGGGGGCAUGCCUCCCAUCUCGGCCUGCGGCCGCAACGACGCCGGAUUCGUCAACCGCGUCGGCCUGUCGCGGAAGCACAUCUUCGACGCCGUGGACGCCAGUGUCCAGAGACUGGGCACCUAUAUCGACGUGCUGCAGAUCCACCGGCUGGACCGCGACACGCCCCGCGAGGAGAUCAUGCGGGCGCUCAACGAUGUGGUGGAGAGUGGGAAAGUGAGAUACAUCGGCGCCAGCACGAUGGCCGCCUGGGAAUUCCAGACCUUGCAGAACAUCGCCGCCCGCAACGGCUGGCAUCAAUUCAUCUGCAUGCAGAACUUCCACAACCUGCUGGCCCGCGAGGAAGAGCGCGAAAUGAUCCCCUACUGCCAGGACGCCGGCGUGGGCCUGAUCCCCUGGUCGCCCAUGGCGCGGGGCGUGCUGGCGCGGCCCUGGGGCUCGCGCUCGACGGUGCGCGAGUCGACCGACGGCGCCCUCAAGAUGCUGAUCCGCAGCCGCGAGACGGAGGCCGACAAGGCGAUCGUGGACCGCGUCGAGGAGCUCGCCCAGAAGAAGGGCGUGAGCAUGGCCCAGAUCGCCAUCGCCUGGUCCCUGAGCCACCCGAAAGAGAACCCGAUCCUGGGUCUCAGCAGCAAGGAGCGUAUCGACGAAGCCGUUGCGGCCAUUAAGGUGCAGCUGACCGCCGAGGAGAUCAAGUAUCUGGAGGAACCGUAUGUUCCUAGAGCCGUGACGAGCUUGGAGCGGUGA